AAGUUAUUUCAAAUGGAACGAGAACACUUGUUAUACGUGGUAACACAUGGUUCAAGAUCAGCUGAGCAUAACUACUGCGUUAUAAUAAUUUCGCGAAGUUUUGGUAUCGGUUUAUUUGAUUCAAAGAUUUUGGAAAUUAGUCUUUAAGUUUACCUUAAAUUAAAUUGAGAUCUGCGAGAAUCUAAACGAUGACUUCUGACACUGGUUGUUGUCCGGCUGGAAGUUUGCCAGAGCUGAUCGCGAACCACAAAGACCAAGGAGAGGUCAUUGACCUUCCGGGGAGUGACAUGAAACUGUAUGUUGUCGGGAGUGGAGACAAAGUGGUUCUGCAUUUCUACGAUAUAUUCGGGUUCACCGGGGGAAGAACUCGCUUCAUUUGCGACCAGUUGGCCAAGCAGGGCUAUAAAGUGGUGAUAUUGGAUUUGUACAGAGGAAAGACAUGUGCCGGGCUACCCAUGACUCCCGAAUCCCUCAUCCCAUUCGUGAAACAGUUCACACCAGAAAAAUUUGUGGAAGACACCAAGGCCACCAUCGAGUUCUUGAAAUCUGAGGGUGCGGCCAAAAUUGGGGCCACAGGGACCUGCUGGGGCGCGUGGGCCAUCUUCCACUGCUGUGCCGCUGGACUCGCCAUCGACUGUGGUGUGAACUACCACCCAUCGGUUAAACUGGAAGAGACGUUCGGAGGGGAUCUGGUGGAGCUGGUCAAAAAGGUCAAGGUACCCCAACUGAUGCUACCUGCUGGCAAUGACCCCGAUAACGUCAAACCAGGUGGAGAGGUCAUCAAAAUCCUGGAGGGAAAUGGGGUGAACGUUGAGGUGAAGGAAUACCCCAGACAGGUUCAUGGCUACAUGGCUAGAGCCGACAUGUCUGACCCAGAGAGUGUAAAGGACGUUGAGGACGCCACCUUCACAGCCUACGCGUUUCUGGCUAAAUACUUGAAAUAAGUUGACCUAUUUCAAUCUUUAAUUUUACAGAACAGCGUCGAAAAUAUAAUUUGGUUAAUUUUGAUUUGAAAAGAUUCGUAAUCAUAAUAACAGCAUAUCAAAAAAUCUUUCUAAGUUUAUUGUUAUGGAGAAAAUUUUGGGCUUAUUGUAUUCUUUGAUUAUUAAUUGUGCAUGCUUAAAAAAUUUAAAAUUCCGAACUUGA